AUGUUACGACUCACACAAAGACGAUUAACCUCCCGGUUAUAUUCAACAAGCCAUGAACACAAAAUAUACGCGCUUCCAUUCAAGCUUGAUCAAAGCAAGGUACCAGAAAUUGUUCAUUUGGCCUCCUAUGUGAGCGAGCACAAAUUUCUCGCGUUUUUCAAGAUUCUGAAGGGUAUGUUUCAAAAAAAAAUCCCUCAUGUUGAAGCAUCAGCCAAGUCAAUUGAAGUACGCAUGGCAUACAUGCCGAUGUGGUACUACGACAUGGCCGUCUCUGCAGACGUCAUACCCCUCGAUACUUCUGGUGACAAGGAAACCACCUUAAAGCGUAUGGGACCAGAGAGACAAGCACUUGGGAUUGGAAUAGACUGUUACUGGCCUGGCCAUACUUGGUCUCCUAUGUCUUAUUUGAGUUUCGGACAGCCAGGAAUGUUGAAGAAAGCUGAUCUGGUACCGUUCACAAACGAAAUGGUUGGUGAAGAUGUACAGGUCCUUCCAUUUACCGUAAGUCCUCUUGAGGACCUGGCACCAAACGUAUCGGCGCUGGAGAAUCUAGAACUAGAGUCUAAAGUCUUAAAAGGGACUUGGACGAUUAAAAAUCCCAAACUGGCCUUCAGUGCAUGCUAUCCUAUCUACUGGCCAGUUUAUAUUGCCCAAUUCCAAACUGAACACACUGAAAAUAAGCCAACAACAGUGGUAAUCGGAGGGCACAGUCCUCAUCCGCCCAUAUACAAGUGGGAUGAGUCCAAGAGUGGCCCUGAGCAGUGGAUUAAUAACGGUCCUUGGCUCAACCUCGAAGUAACUGAACAUUCGUGGCAAAUGAAUUUUGGCGGAUCACCCAUGGCUCAAUUAUUACAAAAGUACCACGAUAACGUUGUUGGAAAUUUCUCUCCCACUAAAGUUGAUUGGGCUGAAAAGAGAAUACAACCUUAUCCGGUCUACCAUGAGCAGAACAAGAAGUAUCUAAAGCAGCUCUUCAAGGUGUGGGCCCAGCAAAACAUGCUUACCCAAUUAGGAACAAUGAAGGACGAUGAAUUAACCAUUGGUGUUGGGGACUCCAAAUUCCAAUUUAAAAAGGCUGGCGACUUUAGAAAAGACAUUGAGAAAAAAGUUGGGGAUGAAUUAGAAGUACUUGAGGAAGUAGAACCAGAGUGGCUUCGAGAUUAUGUAAUUGAGCAAAGGCAGAAAAAAGAUGCUUUGAAAGAUUCAGAAUAAAAAUUGAAAUUGCCGGAUAUCACCGGGACUUAAAA